AAUAAGUCAAGCCCAGGGCUAGGUCGGCUGUGAUUGGCCAGAGCUGGGAAAAUGUGGUUAUGAUGCAAACGCAAGCAAAUAUAACCCAGUGUCUGUGUGCUGUGUGGCCAUUGCUGAAACAGGCUUCAGGACCCGAGGUCGCCUGCUUCGGGACCGCUCGUCAGUACUUCACCUGCUGCUUUGCUGGGAAAGGGAGAACAGAGGGUCAGUUCCAGGAAGACAGACACUAUGUCUCUGAGCAGUGCCUUCAGGACUGUGACCAAUGACCCCGGGAUUAUCACGUGGAGAAUUGAGAAAAUGGAGCUGGUGCUGGUGCCCCUGAGUGCUCAUGGCAACUUCUAUGAGGGAGACUGCUACAUCAUCCUCUCGACCCGGAGAGUGGGCAGCCUUCUCUCCCAAAACAUCCACUUUUGGAUCGGGAAGGACUCCUCCCAAGAUGAGCAGAGCUGUGCAGCCAUCUAUACCACACAGCUGGAUGACUACCUGGGAGGCAGCCCCGUGCAGCACCGUGAGGUCCAGUACCAUGAGUCUGACACCUUCCGUGGCUACUUCAAGCGGGGCAUCAUCUAUAAAAAGGGGGGUGUGGCCUCUGGGAUGAAGCAUGUGGAGACCAACACCUAUGAUGUGAAGAGGCUGUUACAUGUGAAGGGGAAAAGAAACAUCAGAGCCACUGAGGUAAGUCCCACACAUGACUGUCUGGGCCCAGUGUUCCUGCCCUGGCCCCUAAGACCACCUCAAACAGCUCUGGCCUCUCCCAUGCAGGUGGAAAUGAGCUGGGACAGUUUUAACCAAGGUGAUGUCUUCUUGCUGGACCUCGGGAUGGUCAUCAUCCAGUGGAAUGGCCCGGAGAGCAACAGUGGGGAACGCCUCAAGGCUAUGCUUCUAGCAAAGGACAUUCGGGACAGGGAGCGAGGGGGCCGAGCUGAAAUCGGGGUGAUUGAGGGAGACAAAGAGGCAGCCAGCCCAGAACUGAUGACGGUUCUCCAGAAUACCCUUGGCCGACGCUCCAUUAUCAAGCCCGCAGUUCCUGAUGAGGUCACCGAUCAGCAGCAGAAGUCAACCAUCAUGUUGUAUCAUGUCUCCGACACAACUGGGCAGCUGUCGGUCACAGAAGUGGCAACAAGGCCCCUGGUCCAGGAGCUACUGAACCAUGAUGACUGCUAUAUCCUGGACCAAAGUGGCACCAAGAUCUACGUAUGGAAAGGCAAAGGAGCCACCAAGGUGGAGAAACAGGCGGCCAUGUCCAAAGCCCUGGAUUUCAUCAAGAUGAAGGGUUAUCCCAGCAGCACCAACGUAGAGACCGUCAACGAUGGCGCAGAGUCGGCCAUGUUCAAACAGUUGUUCCAGAAAUGGUCGGUGAAGGACCAGACCACUGGCUUGGGGAAAACAUUCAGCAUUGGUAAAAUUGCUAAAAUCUUCCAGGACAAGUUCGACGUGACUCUGCUACACACUAAGCCAGAAGUGGCUGCUCAGGAAAGAAUGGUGGACGACGGCAACGGCAAGGUUGAGGUCUGGAGAAUUGAGAACCUGGAGCUGGUCCCUGUGGAAUACCAGUGGCAUGGCUUCUUCUACGGGGGAGACUGCUAUCUGGUUCUCUACACGUAUGAUGUGAACGGGAAACCCUGUUACAUCUUGUAUAUCUGGCAGGGACGCCACGCUUCCCAGGAUGAGCUGGCAGCCUCGGCCUACCAGGCGGUGGAGGUGGAUCAGCAGUUUGGUGGAGCCCCGGUGCAAGUCCGGGUUAGCAUGGGGAAAGAGCCACGCCACUUCAUGGCCAUCUUCAAAGGGAAGCUGGUUAUCUAUGAGGGCGGGACUUCCAGGAAGGGAAAUGUGGAGCCUGACCCUCCAGUAAGACUCUUCCAGAUCCACGGGAACGACAAAUCCAAUACCAAAGCAGUGGAAGUCUCGGCCUCCGCUUCCUCCCUCAACUCUAAUGAUGUCUUUCUGCUUUGGACUCAGGCGGAGCACUACCUGUGGUAUGGCAAGGGGUCAAGUGGGGACGAACGGGCGAUGGCUAAGGAGCUGGCAGAGCUUCUCUGUGAUGGUGACGCAGACACUGUAGCUGAGGGCCAGGAGCCACCUGAGUUCUGGGACCUUCUGGGAGGAAAAGCCCCCUACGCUAACGACAAAAGGCUGCAGCAGGAAACCCUGGACAUCCAGGUCCGGCUUUUUGAAUGUUCUAAUAAGACCGGCCGGUUCCUUGUUACUGAGGUCACGGACUUCACCCAGGAUGACCUGAGCCCAGGUGAUGUGAUGCUCCUGGACACCUGGGACCAGGUGUUCCUGUGGAUAGGAGCGGAGGCCAAUGCCACAGAGAAGGAGGGGGCCCUCUCGACUGCUCAGGAGUACCUGGUAACACACCCCAGUGGCCGAGACCCCGACACACCGAUCCUGAUCAUCAAACAGGGCUUUGAGCCCCCCACUUUCACAGGCUGGUUCCUGGCAUGGGACCCUCACAUUUGGAGUGAAGGAAAAUCAUAUGAGCAGUUAAAGAACGAGCUGGGAGAUGCCACUGCUAUCGUGCGAAUCACCACGGACAUGAAGAACGCAACCCUCUCCCUGAAUUCUAGUGAAAGUGGGCCAAAGUACUACCCUGUGGAGGUUCUGCUGAAAAGUCAGGACCAGGAGCUGCCUGAGGAUGUGGACCCCACCAAAAAGGAGAAUUACCUCUCGGAACGAGAUUUUGUCUCUGUGUUUGGCAUCACCAGAGGGCAGUUUGUCUCUCUGCCUGGCUGGAAACAGCUCCAGCUGAAGAAAGAAGCAGGCCUUUUCUAGAACAAGGCGUGACCACAGGAGAGGGCUAAUGCAGUGCCAACAUCAGCAAAGGUUCAUCUACGACUGAGCCCGACACACGCUGCCCUAGAUACGACAGAUCUCAGGGUCGUGUAUUCUGUCUUUUGCAUUCAUCCUUGCAUUUCUAGGUUGCUAUACACUAGAUGCCAACUAUUUGCCUUUUAGCUUUGGUGGUCCUUUAGCGAAAGCCUCAGCAGAGAGAGUGAAGGCAUAAAGGUAGAGAGAACUAGAAACUAAGCUCAAAAUAUUUAAUGCAUCAGGACCCACAUUUGCUUUGAACUAUACCCUGCAAUCCCCAAAGUGGUGGAGUCAGCACACGCUUCCUGCAGGCCGGACUCCAAAUGCCCAGGUCUACCAUGUGCCACACCAUGUUCAUGUGCCACACCAUGUUCAGCCUUUCAAAUAAAGAGGCCAUGUGCCAUGUU